GCUGCUGGGGACAGCACAACACCUACUGAAAGCAGGGACUGAAUGUAACUAGGACAACAGGAAGUAGUGACCAGCUAGAAGCUUGCCCUGACCUGGUUACAGAUCUUAUAAAAGAAAGCAGCUGGGAAGAAAUGUGCAUGUCCAAUAGGUUUCACUAUUAAAGUUUACACAAUGUGGAGUAAUCAGCGAGCUGGCUGGCUACCCAGAUCACAUGAUUAUGUAGAAACAUGAAACUUGACUAUGUGCUCGAGCAAGUUUUACUUCUCCCUAGCGCAGGGGUGUUUGCCAGCAGCCUGCACCUCGGAAAUUAGACUCAGGCGCCUGGGACCCUUGGCACCCAAGGCUUACCAUGCAAGUGCUGCCCCGGAGGGUCAGGGACUACUGACCUCGCCACUGAACGGUCACCGUGCCUCUUGGGAUUGCGAGAAAGAAUGGACAAGCUUAACAAAAUAACUGUCCCUGCCAGUCAGAAGUUGAGACAACUUCAAAAGAUGGUCCAUGAUAUUAAGAACAAUGAAGGUGGAAUAAUGAACAAAAUCAAGAAGUUGAAAGUCAAAGCACCCCCAAGUGUUCCUCAAAGGGACUAUGCCUCAGGUUUUACCUGCAUGCUCAGUGGAGGGGCAAGUUUCCAGUCCAGGCCAAAUUCAGAGAACCCUGCAGAUGAAGAGGAGCAGUGGUCAGAUGACUUUGACAGCGAUUAUGAAAACCCAGAUGAACACUCUGACUCCGAGAUGUACGUGCUGCCGGCCGAGGAGACCGGGGACGACAGCUAUGAGCCACCGCCUGUCGAGCAGGAGACCAGGACGGUUCACCCAGCCCUGCCCUUUGCCAGGGGCGAGUACGUAGACAAUCGAUCAAGCCAGAGGCAGUCUCCGCCCUUCAGUAAGACCCUCCCCAGUAAGCCCAGCUGGCCUUCCGCAAAGGCGAGGCUGGCCUCCACUCUGCCAGCCGCGACUUCUCUGCAGAAACCUCAAGUUCCACCGAAACCCAAAGAACUACUCGAGGAUGAGGCUGAUUAUGUGGUCCCUGUGGAAGCUGACGAUGAAAACUAUAUUCAUCCCACAGAAAGCACUUCACUCCCAUCGGCAAAAGCUCCCAUGGUAAACAGAUCAACUAAGCCAAAUAACUCCACAAAGCCAGGCUCUCCUCCAAGGACAGCUUUAGGUCGAAAUGGCGGGGUCUGGGACACUAAGUCACCAUCUUCGCCUGCUGUGCCGUGCCCUCUGCCCAGGGCCGGGAAAAAACCAGCUAUGCUGAAGACGCAGACUCCAGUUGUCUCUCAACAGAAUGCAUCAAAUAUUUGUGAAGAAAGACCUAUACCUGCUGAACGUCACCGAGGGUCUAGUCACAGACAAGAAGCUGCACAGUCACCAGGGUUUCCUCCUGCCCAAAAACAAAUCCAUCAAAAACCCAUACCUCUGCCAAGAUUUCCAGAAGGGGGAAGCCCAACAGUGGAUGGUCCAUUACCUAGCUUUUCACCUAAUUCCAGCUUAUCAGAACAGGAGGCGGAUGUCCACUGUAAGCCAUGGUACGCUGGCGACUGUGAUCGAAAGUCUGCAGAAGAAGCAUUAUACAGAUCAAACAAGGAUGGAUCAUUUCUUAUUCGGAAAAGCUCUGGCCAUGAUUCCAAACAGCCAUAUACACUAGUUGUAUUCUUUAAUAAGCGGGUAUAUAAUAUCCCCGUGCGAUUUAUUGAAGCAACAAAACAGUAUGCUUUGGGCAGAAAGAAAAAUGGUGAAGAGUACUUUGGAAGCGUUGCUGAAAUUAUCAAGAAUCAUCAACAUAGCCCUCUGGUUCUCAUCGACAGUCAGAAUAACACAAAAGAUUCCACAAGACUGAAAUACGCUGUUAAGGUUUCAUAAAGGAUGUCAACGUUGUUGCUCCGGACAUUUCUCCCAAGUUUUCAUCUCAGAGAAACAAUCCCAAAACUUCAUAUAUUGGAUUACGAAUCAUCUGGUAAUAAAAUGGUAGAUGGAGGCAGCUACUGAGGUGGUCAUCCAUGUCUUUGUAAGGAGCUCAAACGGACUUAUACUAUGGCCUGACCUGAUGAACUGUUAAUAUCUGGCAAGGGUGAAUUAUUAUGCUCAUGUUGUCCAAAUAAAUGUCUUUAUUUAAAAGAAACAUGUAAGAAAAGUUUUUUAUCAUGUAAGAAAAUAACAUUAUUUCCAAAAUAAUAUAAUCUGGAAUAAAAGAAAGCUGUAGGAAAUUCAGGCCAUUACAAUGGUCACUGGAGCA